AUGGAGCAAGAAGUCCCGAAGAGUGCUGCCAAAACCGAGACCAAAUCUGCUGACAAGACUAGCCACAAAAAGGGUAAAAUCUACUUCAUCAACAACGUAAAUACGAUGGUUGGACAGAGCUUGACAGAGGAAAUCCGUAACGACCACAUGCUGCUUGAUGAGAAGUUCACUCAUACAAUCCUUGGGACAAGAUGUGAGGAAUCGACUGCUCCCAUCCCUUCAGGGAUCAACAAGAUUGUCAAAAAGAAUAAGACCAGGCACUGGAAGAAGUACCUUAUCAACAGUGAUGUGAUGGUCUUUGACAUGCUUACUUCUUCCUUUGACGAAGUCCAGAACGCAAUCCAUGUGCUCAAGACCCAGGAUUAUACAGAGGAAAAGGUUCUCGUAUUGAUAUCUUCAGCAGUUACUUGGGUGAACACUCCUCCAAACAAGAAAGCUUCCAGGAUCAAUGAAGAAGCUACUGAUACUGAAAGUGAAGUUGAUAAACAAGCAGAUGUAGAGAACUCAGGUAUUGAUGAGAAUGGGAACACCAUUUUUCCAUUCGAAGAAACAGAUCUCAAUGCUAGAGUCCCUUCCCCAAAAUUCCAGAGUUUGAAGACUCUUGAAAAUCAAGCCCUAGCAGUCAUGAAGCUCAAGGCAAACCUAAAGGUGUAUGUCUUGUGUUCAGGAGUGAUCUAUGGGAACAAUGAGGAAGCCUUCUUCUCUCAUUUCAAGCAAGCUUGGCUUCAAAAGCUCCCUAGCUUGCCAAUAGUGGGAACUGGAGACAAUGUGAUUCCAACAAUCCAUGUCAAAGAUCUUUCAAAUCUUGUAAAAAGAGUAGCUGAAGUGAAGCCACCUCAUUAUUACAGCUUUGCCAUUGACAGAUCUCCAGGCUUGACUCAGAAGGAACUUGUUAAAGGUAUCUCCAAAGGUGUUGGCAGUGGGCAGACCCACCACAUCGAACUUGAUGAUGUAAUCUAUGAGCAAUGGACUGAGUUCCUUACUAUCAACAUUAGGAUGAAACCUUCCUCCAUUUUCAAUGAAGUGUACCUCUCUGAACCAGAGCAGGAGGAAUCGCAUGACUUCCCUUGGCAUUGUGAGAAAGGACUUGUAGAAAAUAUUAGAAAGGUUAAUGAGGAGUUCAAUAGGUUCCACUCUUUAGCUCCGAUCAGGAUCGCUAUCAAUGGACCUCCUGCCAGUGGUAAGACUUACUAUGGUAGCAAGCUUAGCGAAAUGUACGACAUCCCUCAUGUCAAGAUCACUGAUGUGGUUGCCCUUACUUCAAAACUUGAAGGAGAAUCAGGCGAAGAAAUCCGAAAAUUCAUUGACUCCAAAAAGGAUGAAACUAUGGAAGAAUUUGAAAAAUCAAAGAAGAAAGGCCAGGAGAUAAACAGAGACGAUAUUGAUGUCAGACUUCCAGACCACCAUCUACAUACUCUCACAAAGAUCAAAUUAAACGAGAAUGUGUGCAGGAACAGAGGUUUCAUACUUGAUGGGUUCCCCAAAACCUACGUUGCUAUGUGCCAUUCCUUCCUUAAGAAGAAGCUCAAGCCAGAAGCAGAAGAACCGGCUGAAGAAAAGAAGAAGCCUGAAGGUGAGGGAGACAAUCAGCCUGAGGGUGAAGUAGAAGAGCCUCCGAUUGAUUGGGACAAUGAUUAUGAUAUCGAUACUGAUGUUCUCCCAAAAGUCUUCAUAAACCUCACUGGCGAUCUCGAUGAGAUCAAAGCUCGAGUGAAAGAACUCCCUGAAGAGAAAACAGCUGGUUCUCACUGGGAUGAUGCUGGCCUCGACCGAAGGAACGGUGUCUAUAAAGAAAACAACAUUCGUGCUGAAGAAGAUUUCUAUACAAAAUACGGCAUCAAAGUUUAUGACCAAAAUUGCCUAGAAGAAGAGACUAAAGUUACUGAAAAUCUGCAGCAAAUAAUCUCUGACAACUUCUCUCCAGCCAGCAUUGAUACUCCCGAAGUGAAGCAAGACGUUGAGGUGCUCCAAGACUACCUGGAAAACCUUGGAAGUGCUCCUGAGCAAGAAGAGAGCAAGAUUGAGUCAGAUAAACAAAAGGAAGAGGAGAAAAUCCAAGAGGAAAAGGCUAAAACUAGGCUUGAGAGGAUCAAAGAGCAGGAAAGAGAGCUCCUAGACGCUAGAUCUCAGCCUAUUCGUCAAUACUUGAUGGACAAGGUCGUCCCAUUCCUCACAGAGGGACUGAUCAAGAUUUGAAAAGAGAUGCCCGAGAAGCCUACAGGAGAGCUAGCAGAUUUCCUCAUGAAGAGAUGUGACGAAAGAGACCGAGAGGAAAGAGAGCAACUACAAAAUACAUAG